AUGUCUGACCAGAACCAAUCCGCUGCCUGGCCCUUGGCCGACGCUGCCCUGACCCAGGAGCUCCUCGACCUCGUCCAGCAGGCUUCGCACUACCGCCAGCUCAAGAAGGGUGCCAACGAGACCACCAAGACCCUCAACCGUGGUAUCUCCGAGGUCGUCAUCCUCGCUGCCGACACUCAGCCCCUCGCUAUCCUGCUGCACUUGCCUCUGCUUGCUGAGGACAAGAACGUUCCCUACGUCUUCGUCCCCUCCAAGAUUGCCCUUGGCCGUGCUACCGGUGUCUCCCGCAGCGUCAUUGCUGCCAGCAUCACCACCAACGAGGCCUCUGACCUGAUGACCCAAAUCCGCAGCAUCAAGGACAAGAUCGAGCGUCUUAUGAUCUAA